AGGGAUCAACAGCCUGGCUUGGAAAAAGGGUGUAUAUAAACCCCAAACCAAGAGCAACCAUCACAGAAGCCCACUAGGUCCUGGCAGAAUGGCUUCUCACCGUCUACUCCUCCUCUGCCUCGCUGGACUGGUAUUUGUGUCUGAAGCUGGCCCUGCGGGUACUGGGGAACCCAAGUGUCCUCUGAUGGUCAAAGUCCUAGACGCCGUGCGAGGCAGUCCUGCUGUGGAUGUGGCUGUGAAAGUGUUCAAAAAGGCUGCUGAUGGCACCUGGGAGCCAUUUGCCACUGGGAAGACUGGUGAAACAGGAGAAUUGCACGGGCUCACGACAGAAGAGAAGUUUGUAGAAGGUGUAUACAGGGUGGAAUUGGACUCCAAAUCCUACUGGAAGUCACUUGGCAUUUCCCCGUUCCAUGAAUAUGCAGAGGUUGUGUUCACAGCCAACGACUCCGGCCAGCGCCACUACACCAUCGCUGCUCUGCUCAGCCCCUACUCUUACUCCACCACCGCCGUUGUCAGCAACCCCAAGGCAUGAGGGACUUAAUGGAGGGACAGGAUCUCACACACUGACAGUAUUCCAUUUGUACAAAAGCAGUGUUUCCACUCUAUAAACUAUGUUAGAAACUCGGGAAGAGACAAUAAAAUAUUCCCAUGAAAGCAC